UUUUUUUUUUUUUCCAUAUUUCAAAUAAAAAUUGCAUUUGCUUAUUUUGUUUUUCAAGUUCAAAUGAAAACAUAAGUUUUGUCGGUGUUAGUUCAACUGGGUCGUUAAUUGACACAGUGGCCUAUUACAGAAUGGCCACAAAGGUAAUGAUGUGACUCAAUGACAAGCUAUUAGUUGAUAGGCCAAUCUGGAAGUGUAUUUGCUUAAAAGGAUAUUAAUCAUACACAGAAAUAUAGAUUGUAUGUUUUAUACUGUAUUGUAUCCACAUUACAGUAUUAUACACUGCAAGUCUAUUUGUAUAAAAGUCAUUCAACUGGUGAUUCAAGUAGUAUAUUGCUUAUUUUAUAUUGUUUGUAUAUAUGUUUGAACAGAUAUAUCUUUAGUUUAGUAUAUAUGUUUUCUCCAGCGAAUUUUUUCAUGAUUCUGCAUCUGUACAGAAAAUAGUUGAGUCUUAGUUUGUCUGCUUCAUGAGAUCUUUCUACAUGGUAAUCUUUUGCACUCAUUAAUUUUUUAUUUUUUAUUUUUUUUUUGUUUGAGUUCAUAUGAUGUGUUUUUAGGAUCCUGAGGUUUUAAAUAAAAUAAAAUAUUUGACUUCAAGUUUUCUGUAUGGAUAUGGUUUGAUCUUCACAGCUGAUGUCAUGAUCAGGCACACACAGAAGGAAGAGCUGUCGCCUUUUCACGUUUUUCUCACCGAUUGCUCAAGACUUUCAACUCUCAAACAUCUCAGAUCACACACAUGGAAUAAUGAUGGAUUUUUUUUGAGGUCAGGACGACACACCUAUCGGGGCAAUUUCGAGAUGUUUAGGCUUGGGUGGAGACGUGGACUUAUGGAAGAGAUGUUGGGACCGGUUACUGGAAUACAAGAUUUGGAACAAAGGUGGUUGACAAUGCCAGAGUCGAAACCAAGUGUGAAAUUCACAUUGAAAAUGACAGGAGAGGGUGGCGCAUGAUCUGUAGGUUCAAUCAACCUCGCUGUUUUCGUUAGAAUCACUAUUAAAGGUCAGUUUUUCUAACAAUUUUUUUUAUCUUUUUGCUUCAUGUUGUGCAUUUCGGUCUUUCCAUUGCAACACUCUGCGUUUCCUACGUAAUGAAUUUUUUAAUAAAGAUGUAGUUAAAGCAAUUACAUGCUCUAUGAAGUAUGUUUUAUAUGUGGUUAAGGAAAUGAAAUAUUUGUGCUGAUAAUUGGUAGUUUAAAUAUAUAGAAAUAGAGAAUAAUUAUAAAUGGAGCACCUAGGAUAUUUAACAUUGUUUUCUUUUCCAUGUAAUUUUUCUCAUGUUUAAAUUCUGCUUUUGUUUAUGCAUUUGAUUCAAAGUGCUAUUUUUAUUAGUGUUAAUUUUGGGUUGCAUAUCCACAAACUAACCCGGUUAAUUUUGCUUAGUGUUGAUCUAUAAGGAGAAUUCUCAUUGCAUCAACUUGAAUAAAGAUUCUUCUACUUAGUUGCUUAGCUGCUGAAACAAGAACGUAACA